AAGAAAGUUAGCAAACUAGCUGUAGUAAGAAAUAAAAUCAAACGGCGUAUCCGUGAAGCGGCAAGAUACGCACUACCAGUUGUCGGAAAAAUACGACACGACUAUCUCUUCUUUGCCAAAAUUGAAGCAUACUCUUGUUCUUGGAAAGAACUGUGUGUGACAGUUGAAAGGGCGAUGGGGGAUCCAAAGUGUUAUAAAAAAGAGGACGGUCGUGGUGAUUCUCAUUUUGAUGUCGGUCGUAAGAAAGAUUACAAAGGACCUGAUAAAACAGGUGAAAAAACCCACCGCAAAUAA